AUGUCAUUGGAAAGGGUGGAGAGGAAGCUGCUGCAACAGGGUGACAAUGUUAAACGGCUGGGGAAACCGCAGCACCUGGAGGAAACCGCAGCACCUGGAGGAAACCGCAGCACCUGGAGGAAACCGCAGCACCUGGAGGAAACCGCAGCACCUGGAGGAAACCGCAGCACCUGGAGGAAACCGCAGCACCUGGAGGAAACCGCAGCACUUGACCAGCAACACACCGGACCAGCAGCACACCACACCAGCAACACACCGGACCAGCAGCACACCACACCAGCAACACACCACACCAGCAACACACCAGACCAGCAACACACCGGACCAGCAACACACCACACCAGCAACACACCGGACCAGCAACACACCACACCAGCAACACACCAGACCAGCAACACACCACACCAGCAACACACCAGACCAGCAACACACCAGACCAGCAACACACCACACCAGCAACACACCGGACCAGCAGCACACCACACCAGCAACACACCAGACCAGCCACACACCAGACCAGCAACACACCGGACCAGCAACAAAACCAGACCAGCAACACACCGGACCAGCAACAAAACCAGACCAGCAACACACCGGACCAGCAACACACCGGACCAGCAACACACCACACCAGAAACACACCAGACUAGCAACACACCAGACCAGCAACAUACCAGACCAGCAACACACCGGACCAGCAACACACCACACCAGCAACACACCAGACCAGCAACACACCACACCAGCAACACACCAGACCAGCAACACACCGGACCAGCAACACACCGGACCAGCAACACACCAGACCAGCCACACACCAGACCAGCAACACACCACACCAACAACACACCACACCAGCAACACACCGGACCAGCAACACACCGGACCAGCAACACACCGGACCAGCAGCACACCGGACCAGAAACACACCAGACCAGCAACACACCGGACCAGCAACAAACCACACCAGCAACACACCAGACCAGCAACACACCGGACCAGCAACACACCGGACCAGCAACACACCAGACCAGCAACACACCGGACCAGCAACACACCGGACCAGCAACACACCGGACCAGCAACACACCACACCAGCAACACACCAGACCAGCCACACACCAGACCAGCAACACACCGGACCUGCCACACACCGGACCAGCAACACACCACACCAGCAACACACCGGACCAGCAACACACCAGACCAGCAACACACCAGAUCAGCCACACACCGGACCAGCAACACACCACACCAGCAACACACCAGACCAGCCACACACCAGACCAGCCACACACCAGACCAGCAACACACCAGACCAGCAACACACCGGACCAGCAACACACCACACCAGCAACACACCGGACCAGCCACACACCAGACCAGCCACACACCAGACCUGCCACACACCAGACCAGCAACACACCAGACCAGCAACACACCGGACCAGCAACACACCAGACCAGCAACACACCGGACCAGCCACACACCAGACCAGCAACAAACCAGACCAGCAACACACCACACCAGCAACACACCAGACCAGCAACACACCAGACCAGCAACACACCGGACCAGCAACACACCACACCAGCAACACACCGGACCAGCCACACACCAGACCAGCCACACACCAGACCUGCCACACACCAGACCAGCAACACACCAGACCAGCAACACACCGGACCAGCAACACACCAGACCAGCAACACACCGGACCAGCAACACACCAGACCAGCAACACACCGGACCAGCAACACACCAGACCAGCAACACACCGGACCAGCAACAAACCGGACCAGCAACACACCGGACCAGCAACAAACCACACCAGCAACACACCAGACCAGCAACACACCGGACCAGCAACACACCGGACCAGCAACAAACCACACCAGCAACACACCAGACCAGCAACACACCGGACCAGCAACACACCACACCAGCAACACACCAGACCAGCAACACACCACACCAGCAACACACCACACCAGCAACACACCAGACCAGCAACACACCGGACCAGAAACACACCGGACCAGCAACACACCAGACCAGCCACACACCAGACCAGCCACACACCAGACCAGCAACACACCGGACCAGAAACACACCGGACCAGCAACACACCACACCAGCAACACACCACACCAGCCACACACCAGACCUGCCACACACCAGACCAGCCACACACCAGACCUGCCACACACCAGACCAGCAACACACCGGACCAGCAAAGGAUACAACAAGAGCUUAUCGCAAAACUAG